GCCAGACUCCCAGAAAUCAUGUUGGUAGGAUCCCAGUCCUUCUCGCCUGGAGGGCCCAAUGGGAUCAUCAGGAGCCAGUCCUUUGCGGGGUUCAGUGGCCUUCAGGAGAGGCGAUCCAGAUGUAACUCCUUCAUUGAAAAUACCUCUGCUCUCAAGAAGCCUCAGGCCAAACUGAAGAAAAUGCACAAUUUAGGACACAAAAACAGCAGCCCUCCCAAAGAGCCUCAGCCUAAAAGGGUGGAAGAGGUCUACAGGGCUUUGAAAAAUGGACUUGAUGAGUAUCUGGAGGUUCACCAGAUAGAGCUGGACAAGUUGACAGCUCAGUUAAAAGAUAUGAGAAGAAACUCUCGCCUGGGUGUGCUGUAUGACCUAGACAAGCAAAUUAAAACAAUUGAAAGAUACAUGAGACGCCUGGAGUUUCACAUCAGUAAGGUAGAUGAACUCUAUGAAGCUUAUUGUAUCCAAAGACGCCUCCAAGAUGGUGCCAGCAAAAUGAAGCAAGCCUUCGCAAUGUCCCCUGCCAGCAAAGCUGCCCGGGAGAGCCUGUCAGAGAUCAACCGGAGCUACAAAGAGUACACAGAGAACAUGUGCACCAUUGAAGCAGAGCUGGAGAAGCAGCUGGGGGAGUUCUCCAUCAAGAUGAAAGGUCUGGCUGGUUUUGCUCGCCUCUGUCCUGGAGAUCAAUAUGAAAUUUUCAUGAAGUAUGGCCGACAGAGGUGGAAACUGAAAGGCAGAAUAGAAGUAAAUGGCAAACAGACCUGGGAUGGAGAAGAAAUGGUGUUCCUGCCCCUGAUGGUUGGAUUAAUUUCCAUCAAGGUCACAGAACUCAAAGGGCUAGCGACUCAUCUCCUGGUCGGCAGUGUGACCUGCGAGACCAAAGAGCUGUUUGCAGCCCGACCUCAGGUGGUGGCUGUGGACAUCAAUGACCUUGGCACCAUCAAACUCAACCUGGAAAUCACCUGGUAUCCGUUUGACGUGGAGGACAUGACCCCGUCUUCAGGCGCUGGGAACAAAGCAGCCGCUCUCCAGAGAAGAAUGUCCAUGUACAGCCAGGGCACCCCGGAAACGCCCACCUUCAAAGACCACUCCUUCUUUAGAUGGUUGCAUCCUUCACCAGACAAGCCAAGGCUGUCUGUCUUGAGUGCCUUGCAAGACUCUUUCUUUGCCAAGCUGCACCGCAGCCGCUCUUUCAGUGACCUGCCCUCCCUCAGGCUGAGACCCAAGGCCGUGCUAGAGUUUUAUUCGAAUCUACCUGAUGACAUCUUUGAAAAUGGGAAGGCAGCUGGGGAGAAAACGCCACUGUCCCUCAGCUUCAGUGACCUGCCCAAUGGGGACUGCGCCCUCUCCCACAGCCCAGGCGGCUCUCUCCCCAGCGCGUGCUCCGCAAAUCCAGAAAUCACCAUCACCCCCGCAGAGCUGAACCACGGCAGCCCCUCCUCCCAGAACGAGGGCCUGGAUGACUCCAGCUCGGCCUCUUCCAAGAGCUCCUUGGGAGAAGGCUCAGAGCCCAGGCCCCACCGGGAGGAAGAGACCGAGGGGCCUGGGAAACCCGAGGCCUGCAGAGCAUCCGCGGGUGCCCGGACGGAGCGCCUAUUCCUGGAGAAGGGUGUCGCAGAGGCCCUUCUGCAAGAGUCUGACGAGGCCUCUGAACUCAAGCCCGUGGAACUGGAUACUUUUGAAGGAAACAUCACGAAGCAGCUGGUCAAGAGGCUCACCUCGUCAGAGGUGCCGGCGGCCACCGAGAGGCUGCUCUUUGAGGGCUCUGUCAGUGGAGAGUCCGAAGGCUCUAGAUCCUUCCUAGAUGGAAGCUUAGAGGAUGCCUUUAAUGGGCUUUUCCUUGCAUUAGAACCACAUAAAGAGCAAUAUAAAGAGUUUCAGGAUCUGAACCAAGAAGUCAUGCACUUGGAUGAUAUUCUAAAAUGCAAGCCAGCAGUAAGCCGAAGCAGGUCUUCCAGUUUAAGUCUUACAGUUGAAAGUGCUUUAGAAAGCUUUGAUUUUCUGAACACCUCUGAUUUUGACGAGGAGGAGGAGGAUGGUGAUGAGGUUUGUAAUGUUGGAGGAGGUGCUGACUCAGUAUUUUCAGACACUGAGACGGAGAAAAAUAGUUACAGAUCAGUACACCCGGAAGCCAGGGGGCACCUCAGCGAAGCCCUGACUGAGGACACGGGAGUCGGGACUAGUGUGGCAGGAAGCCCUCUCCCACUGACCACGGGAAAUGAAAGCCUGGACCUCAGCAUCAUCAGGCACCUCCAGUACUGCACCCAACUCGUCCAGCAAAUUGUUUUCUCAAGCAAAACCCCAUUUGUGGCCAGAAACCUCUUAGAGAAGCUUUCUAGGCAAAUCCAGGUGAUGGAGAAGCUCUCGGCCGUCAGUGAUGAGAACAUAGGAAACAUCAGUUCUGUCAUCGAAGCCAUACCGGAAUUUCACAAAAAGCUGUCUUUGCUGUCAUUCUGGACCAAGUGCUGCAGCCCGGCUGGGGUCUACCACAGCUCAGCAGACAAAGUGAUUAAGCAGCUAGAAGCCAGCUUUGCCAGAACUGUCAACAGAGACUAUCCCGGACUUGCAGACCCAGUGUUUCUCACACUGGUGUCCCAAAUCCUGGACCGGGCUGAGCCCCUGCUUACCUCCAGCCUCUCCUCCGAAGUCAUCACUGUUUUCCAGUAUUACAGUUACUUUACGAGCCACGGUGUGAGUGACCUAGAGAGUUAUCUGAACCAGCUGGCCAAGCAAGUUUCCAUGGUUCAGACUCUGCAGUCACUGAAAGAUGAAAAACUGCUACAGGCCAUGAGUGACCUUGCACCCAGCAGCCUCCAGGCCCAGCAGGAAAUACUCAGGACUCUGGCUCUGCUCUUAACCGGGGAUGACAGUGGAGUUAGUGAGGCUGUGAUGCUUUACUUGGCAGCAGCCUCCAGAAACGAGCAUUUCAGGGAAAAGGCCCUGCUCUAUUACUGUGAAGCCCUAACAAAGACUGACCUCUGGCUCCAGAAGGGAGCUUGCCUGGCCCUGAAAAGCCUGAAGGCUACUGAAAGCAUUAAAAUGCUGGUGACAUUGUGUCAGUCUGAUACUGAAGAAAUCAGAAAUGUGGCCUCAGAAACUCUCCUAUCUCUUGGAGAAGAUGGGCGGCUGGCAUAUGAACAGUUGGACAAAUUUCCUCGAGACUGUGUUAAAGUUGGAGGUCGUCAUGCAAGUGAAGUUGCCACGGCCUUUUAA